GUCUGCCUCAGUUUUCCAACUUCCUGGAAUUCAUGUCAACAAAAUAAAAAUACACAUCAUUUACAUGUAGAUUUAAGAAAAAAAGUCUAGCAUGGCAUCGAAUGCAGCUCCUGGUGGUAUAUUCAAAACUGAAUCUCUGAGGAAGAUGGUCUACCCCAGGGUAUUCUCCAGCCCAGUGAUCAUUGGGAAUCAAAUCUAUGUGGUUGGUGGAUGCGAUCAGAUGGGUCAGCCUGUGGACAGUUUCGAGGUUUAUGAUGUUAACAAGAACAAGUGGACCUCACUCCAGAACAUGCCAACGAAGAGGGCAGCUCCAGCAGUUGGUGUUGUUGGGGAUCAGAUCAUUGUUAUUGGGGGUGUGGGGGAUGCCCAGCAACCAGUGAGUGCUGUUGAGUGCUACAACAUUAAAGACAAGAAGUGGACAGAGAUGGAGAGCCUACCUUCAGGACGUCUUGGUAUCUCCACAGUCCUCAGAGAUGGCAAAGUAUUAGCAGUGGGCGGGAAUGGUGCCGACACCAACCCUUUCGAUGCCGUCAGCGCCAUCAACGUUGAAGAGAACAAGUGGAAAGGCAUGCCUCCCAUGCCUACAGCAAGAUACGCAACCUCCUCUUUCCUCAUUGAUGACAAACUCUAUGUGAUAGGUGGAAGAGUUGGCAAAGAUCCGUGUCUGGCAUUAGAAGUGUUCGACUUUCAGACUGAGAAGUGGCGUCAACUGCCCCCUGUCCCUUCCAAGCGUGUAUUUGCCAUGUACGCAGCCACAGACAAACACAUCUUUAGCAUUGGAGGUCUCAUACAGCCUGGAAAUAAGGGAUUCUCAGAUGCUUGUGAAGUGUUUGAUUUAGAAAAAGAGGAGUGGAAAAUAGGGAAGAGUUUACCAACCAGACGUGGGGACUUUGCCAUUACAGUCAUAGCCGGGAAAGUUGUCUGCGCUGGUGGUCUAGGAAACAAGGGGGCGCCCAUGGAUGUUGUUGAACUCUACGAUGUCGUUGAAGAUGAGUGGUCAACCGCUCCACCCAUGCCGCUAGCCCACUGCUCUUGUGCCUUUAUUCAACAUGGUGGGAAACUCUACAUUUUUGGAGGCCUUUCCCCCCAAGGACCCACAAAUUGUGCAGAAAAAAUCUCCUAUUUGGAAGAAGGGGAGGAGGAGUCGGGUAAAAGAGCAGCAGGAAAAGCUGGGAAUAAGAAGAAAAAUAGAUGAACACUGUGAUUAAAUUAGAGUGGUGCUUAAAUAGGAUAUUAAAAUUAUUUAAAUUACACAAGCAUUUUUAGUGUUAAGAUAGUACAUGUACCUAAAUUUGACCUUGUGACACAUGGUCUGAAGCCAAGCUAUAUUUUAUGCCUAAGGUUGUUUGUUUGAAGGUUUUAUUGAAAGGAUGGGAAUGUUUAAGAGUUUGCUAUUAUUUAUCUGAAAAAUAUAUAGAACAGUCUUUUUUCUUGGUCAAUUUAAUAAAUAGUGCCUUGCUUAAAUUUCACAAACAAUGGUUAUUUCCUUUAAAAAAAAUACAAUUAAGCACACUAUUUUUUUUUGGUAUAGCUUCUAUUCUCUUUUUAAAAAGUUUUGAGACUUCUAAAGAAAAUUAUCUUUAUUUUUUUCACGAUAAACAUUUUUUUUCGUAGAACCAAGUUUAAGUGAAUACACUGUAAACAUAAUACACUUAAGCUUGUUAAAUUUUCUUAAGAAAAUUUUGAGAAAAUGAGGUCAGGUCAAUGAAGAGUAAACGUUGUUUGGAAUCCUUAUUUGCAGCUACCGGUAUUUCCAUCUCGGGGAAGCAAACAGACAGAACAAUUCCUUAGAAUACAUAUUUUUUAUACCUAACGUUAUUUUAGGAUUGAUAGUACAAACUUAUUCUCCUCAUAGUAUUUAUGAUUAAAGUUAUUGCCUGCAUCCAAUAGAUAAUAUUGAUGGACAUGAAAAUUUGUUUCAGAUUCAUUUUUUUCUCUGUGUAGUGUACCAAACAUAAUUUUUAGAUUUUUUACCCGAAUAUACUCAUUAUUUUCCCCUGCAUUUUAUCCAUUCUAGCAUAUUACCUACAGUAGUGAAGUUCCUAUGAUGGAUUAUAGUUGAAAAUUGAUUGGUUGGGCCUUAAAUCGGCGACAAUCGAUUGUAUUUUGACAUAUUCAAUCAUCGGUUCAACCAGCGAGUUGUUUUUCUUCUUUUCUCUCGUUAUUUGUGUUCGGUUAAUUUCCGCCAAUUUUCAACUUCAUUUCAUUUAUACAUUAGGAAGUGUUCAGAUGUUAUCGUAAACAAUAUGGCCGAAAGCAACAACACCUAAUACAUUCAAACAUACACAUACCAUAAGCAUUGUCAAGGAUUAUGAGUUAUUGAACAAGAAAAAAGUAAGGCACCGUAUUGUCAAAAACCAAUUGUAUUAUCGAUAAUUGAGUAGAACCGAAUAUUGAUUGUCAAACUGGAACCAAUUUCCAACACUAACCUACAGUAAAACUCAGUACUAGUAAAGUUUAUGUUGAUAGAAGCACUUGUAUCUGUACCAAUGUAACUUGUGUAUAUGAAAUUAGUUGUUUGGAUUCUUAUAAUAAAUGUGUAUUGAAAUGAAAAGUAAUCUUGUGCCAAGUGUAGGUGUGUAGUUGUUCAAUUUGUUAUUGCAUACAAAUCUACAUGUUAUUGUGAAGAAUCUGAUUUUGUGUUUUUUCUGAAUGUUGCUUUGUGCCUUGUUUCGAGCUUUUUCUUUUAAAUUUAGGUGCAAUUUUUUUUACUUAACAUCAAUGUUUUUAAGCCCAUUAAGCCAAUUCUCAGUUUUUAUUUUUAGUUUUCAUAAGGGCUAUUCCAGUAAAACACAUAACCCGGGGGGGGGGGGGGGGGGGGGGAUGCAAUUAUUUUUUUAGUGUAUGGGUGGGCGUCUUUUUUCGCUUAUUUGGACCCCAGAAGGGUAAAUUUGCUUCUGUAGUCUGAUGGUAUAAUUUAUAAGUGCCUCCCCCCUGGGUUAAUAUGUUUAAAUGGAAUAGCCCCAACUACAUACAGAAUAAUUGAGCUGUGGUUUUAAACUGAUUAGACAUCUUGAUGAAAACAUUGUGCUUUUCUUGCAAUACUAUUUUUAUUACACAAAUAGAAAAGACAUACACACACAUAUGCAUUCAUUGUGCCAUUCAACGUUUUAUCUUAUUUUUUAUACUGCUACUAGAAAUAGAGACUGCCAUAUACAUUUAGAUAAAUAGAAUUGUUUCAAUUAGUUGGAGGCAAAUAUAUCAUUGUUAUGUUCCAUACCAACUGUUUAUUUCUGAUUUUCCAUAUUUCACAUUAGGAAUCAUGUACAAAUCAUGUUUAAUGUCUUAGAACCAUGAACAAAUUGUAGGAAAUGUGUAAUUAUACUCAAGUAUUGUGGUAGAUAUAAAGAACCAUGUAUUAUACACCAAUCAUUUGUCAAUACACAUUACCUGCUCAAUUUUAUUUCGGUUCAGUGCAGAAACCUUUAUUUUGAUUACAAAUGAUAUAAUUAACCUUUUAUCUUUUGCCUUAUAUUUAUUUGCAAUAAAAUGUAUAUUUCAAAAAGAUGUUUUUACGUUAU